AUGAAGGCCACUUCCAUGAUCCUCCUGAGCUUCGGCGCUCUCGCCGCUGCCGGAAGCAACGUUGCUGGCGGAUACGGCAACGAUGACACUGUACCUGCCCCCGCCCCAGCUGUUUCCUCCCCUGCGCCGGCCUCGGCUGUCAAGCCCGUGGCCGGCGAGCCCUCUGGCGCGGCCAAGAAGUCUGACGACGAGGACUGCGAAACCAAGCCCGUCCCCGCCCCCAUGGCCACGCCCAGCGCGGCGGCUCCGCCCUCGGCCAAGAAGGUGCCCAACUCGGAUGUGGCCCCCGCGGCCCAGAGCAGCAGCAGCACCCCCACCGCCAAGCCGGCCAUGGAGAAGACGCUCGUCAUCAGCGUGCCGUCCGUCACCAUGCCCGCCGCGCUCUCCAAGCCCAGCAUCCUCAACGACAUCACGUCGCUCAUCGCCGACAUGAAGCCCACCAGCAUGAUCAAGGUGCCCGGCGCCGCCAAGCCCACCCAGUCUGCCUACAUGGCCGCUCCCGCCCCGGCCCCCGCUGCCCCGGCCGCCCCCGCCCCGGCUUACAACGCCACCACCCCCAAGCCGGCCCCCGUCACUGCCGGUGCCGUCUCCGUUGCCACUGGCGUCGGUGCCGCGACCUUUGUCGCCGCCGGCUUCAUGGCUGCUCUGCUCUUUUAA